AUGCGCUCGGGAGGCGAGAUCGUGAGCAUAGCCUCGAUCCCGGACGCGUACCGGAUCCGCAACGAGAUUCCGGAGCUCUCGAGUCUGAUGUACUACAUCUUAUCCCUCCCCGGCGCGAUCGGCAGGCUGCGGGCGUGGCGAUACGGCGUGGGUUACCACGCCGAGUUUGUGGCCAGCGACACCGCGACGCUCGAUCGGCUGGCGGGAUAUUGCAGCGAGGGAAAGCUGCGUCCGGUCGUGGGCCGGGUGGCGGACUUUAAGGACCGCGGCGCUGUGUUGGGUCUGUUUGAGGAGGUUGGCAAGGCGAAGGUGUCCACUUCCGUUGAGGCCGUCACUGAGAUCUUCUCAAAGCUCACUGUCGCUCCUACCCCCGAGGAGCGUGCUCCUCUCGCGAGCUCGUUCGCCGAGAUCCUGAGCUCGCCAAUCGAGGAUCACGACGUCCCUACCGCCGUCGUUGAUAAGCUCAAGGCUGCGCUCGGCAACAAGAAGGAUGCCGUCGCCAGACAGGCUGCUCUCGAGGCCAUCGCUGCUCUCGCUGUGAAGCAGUUCACCCCCUCGAUCGAGCCCUACAUCGUCUCGCUCAUUCCUUCCAUCAUCGAGAAGGCCUCUGACAAGGUCCCCACCGUCAAGGCGAUUGCUGAGCCCACUGCCAUCGCCGUCACCAAGGCCAUCAACCCCAACUCGGUCAAGUUCAUCCUUCCCCUGAUCUCCAACGUCGUCUCUACGACCCCCAAGUGGCAGGAGAAGGUCGCCGCCCUUGACUGCAUCGUCGCUCUCGUCGAUGCCGCCCCCGGCCAGGUCGCCCUCCGCAUGCCCGAGCUCAUCCCCCUGCUCUCUGAGGCCAUGUGGGACACCAAGGCCGACGUCAAGAAGGCCGCCCGCGCCGCCAUGGUCAAGGCUACCGAGACCAUCCAGAACAAGGAUAUCGAGAAGUUCAUUCCCCAGCUCAUUGAGUGUAUCGCCAAGCCCUCGAACGUCCCCGAGACCGUUCACGCGCUCGGUGCUACUACCUUCGUCCAGGAGGUCACCUCGGGAACUCUCUCCAUCAUGGUUCCCUUGCUCUCGCGUGGUCUCGCUGAGCGUGACACCACCAUCAAGCGUAAGGCCGCUGUCAUUAUCGACAACAUGUGCAAGCUUGUCGAGGACCCCCAGGUCGUCGCUCCUUUCUUGCCCAAGCUCAUGCCUGGCCUGAAGUCCAACCACGACAACAUCGCCGACCCUGAGGCUCGUGAUGUCACCCUCCGUGGUUUGACCACCCUCACCCGUGUCGGUGAUGUCAAGGACGGAAAGAUCCCUGAGGUCUCCACCGCCGGUGACGUCAAGGUCUGCUUUGCCACCCUUGAGAAGCUCCUCAAGGACAAGAAGGUCGACAAGAAGUUCUCCCCCAUCCUCGAGUACGUUGCCGCCAUCGCCGGUACCUUCGUCGACGAGCGCAACAACGAGGCUGUCACCUGGACUGAGACCGUCACUCCUUACUUGACUGCCUUCCUCCACGAGGACGAGGCCAAGACUCUUGUCGAGACCUUCCGCAAGGAGUCGAUCGCCAACAUUCCCGGCUCGGCUGUCGAGGAGGAGGAGGAGGAGGAGGGUGAGGAUCUUUGCAACUGCGAGUUCUCCCUUGCCUACGGUGCCAAGAUUUUGCUCAACCGCACUGCUCUCCGUCUCAAGCGUGGCCGCCGCUACGGUCUUUGCGGACCCAACGGUUCCGGCAAGUCCACCCUUAUGCGCGCUAUCGCCAACGGCCAGGUCGAGGGUUUCCCCACCCAGGAGGAGUGCAAGACCGUCUACGUCGAGCACGACAUCGACGGCUCGCACGCCGAGACCUCUGUCCUUGAGUUCGUUGCCACCGACCCUCUUGUCGUUGACAGCUCCGAGGCCUCUGUCCAGCAGGCCCUCAAGGAUGUCGGUUUCACCGACGAGAUGAUCGCCAUGCCCAUCACCUCGCUCUCCGGAGGAUGGAAGAUGAAGCUCGCUCUUGCCCGUGCUGUCUUGAAGAAGGCUGAUAUCCUGCUGCUCGACGAGCCCACCAACCAUCUUGACACUGUCAACGUUGCCUGGCUCGAGAACUACCUCAUCACCUGCGGUAUUACUUCCAUCAUUGUCUCGCACGACUCUGCUUUCCUUGACCACGUUGUCGAGUUCAUCAUCCACUACGAGCGCUUCAAGCUGAAGAAGUACAAGGGUAACCUUUCCGAGUUUGUCAAGAAGGUCCCCACUGCCAAGUCUUACUACGAGCUCGGUGCCUCCGAGAUGGAGUUCAGGUUCCCCGAGCCCGGUUUCCUCGAGGGUGUCAAGACCAAGCAGAAGGCUAUUGUCAAGGUCUCCAACAUGACCUUCCAGUACCCUGGUACCUCCAAGCCCCAGAUCCGCGACAUUACCUUCCAGUGCUCGCUGUCGUCGCGUAUUGCUGUCAUUGGACCUAACGGUGCCGGCAAGUCUACUUUGAUCAACGUCUUGACCGGUGAGCUCUUGCCCACUCUCGGUGAGGUCUACGUGCACGAGAACUGCCGUAUUGCCUACAUCAAGCAGCACGCUUUCGCCCACAUUGACCAGCACCUCGACAAGACUCCUUCGGAGUACAUCCAGUGGCGUUUCCAGACUGGUGAGGACCGUGAGACCAUGGACCGUGCCAACAGAAUCAUCAACGAGGACGAUGAGCAGGCUAUGAACCACAUCUACAAGAUCGACGGUACCCCGCGUCGUGUUGUGGCCGUCAACAGCCGAAGAAAGUUCAAGAACACUUACGAGUACGAGUGUUCGUUUGUUCUCGGUGAGAACAUUGGCCAGAAGAACGAGCGCUGGAUUCCUAUGAUGUCUGCCGACAACUCGUGGAUCCCCCGUAACGAGCUUAUCCAGACCCACGCCAAGAUGGUUGCUGAGGUCGAUAUGAAGGAGGCUCUUGCUUCCGGCCAGUUCCGUCCUUUGACCAGAAAGGAGAUUGAGGCUCACUGCGCCAUGCUUGGUCUUGAGGCCGAGCUUGUGUCGCACUCGCGUAUCCGCGGUCUGUCUGGAGGACAGAAGGUCAAGCUUGUGCUUGCCGCUUGCACAUGGCAGCGCCCUCACUUGAUUGUCCUUGACGAGCCUACCAACUACCUUGACCGUGACUCCCUUGGAGCUCUGUCGAAGGCUUUGAAGGCUUUCGAGGGUGGAAUCGUUAUCAUCACCCACUCUGCCGAGUUCACCAAGGAUUUGACUGAGGAGGUCUGGGCUGUGCUUGACGGCCGCAUGACUCCUUCGGGCCACAACUGGGUUCAGGGCCAGGGAGCCGGACCUCGUCUGGAUUCCAAGGACGGCGAAGAGGAGGACAAGUUCGACGCCAUGGGCAACAAGAUCGAGACUGUGAAGAAGGCCAAGAAGCUGAGCGCUGCUGAGUUGAGAAAGAAGAAGAAAGAGCGCAUGUUGAAGAAGAAGAAAUUGGGUGACGCUUACGUUUCUUCCGAUGAUGAGUUUUAA